AUGACGAAAUUUAGAGGAUGUAUAGAUAUUCAUUCUGGUCAAGUUAAACAAAUUGUAGGUGGUACAUUAACUAAAGAUGAUAUACUGAAUGAUGAUUCUACUAAAGAAAACUUUGUAUCUACAAAACCAUCAUCUUAUUAUGCUCAAUUAUAUAAGGAACAUAAAUUACAAGGCUGUCAUGUUAUAAAAUUGGGUUCAAAUCCAAAGAAUGAUGCGGCUGCAAAGUUGGCGAUUGAAACUUGGCCUAAUAAUUUACAAGUUGGCGGUGGUAUAAAGAAAGACAAUGCAAAAGAAUGGCUAGAUUUGGGUGCUUCUCACGUUAUAAUUACAAGUUGGUUAUUUUCAGAGAUAGAAGGUAAAUGGACGCUUGACUUUGGAAAACUAAAACAGAUUAGUGACCUAGUAGGUAAAUCUAGAUUAAUUGUUGAUUUAAGUUGUCGAACAGUCAAUCAAAAUGGAUUAAAAUGGUUUGUUGCAAUGAAUAAAUGGCAAACGAUAACUACAAAUGAAUUAAGUAAAGAGUUUUUACUAGAGGUAAGUCAAUAUUGUGAUGAGUUUUUAAUACAUGCUGCAGAUGUAGAAGGAUUAUGUAAUGGUAUAGAUGAGAAAUUGGUUGAGAAAUUAGGUGUAUGGUGUCCAGUUGGAUUUGAAGGUAAAAUUGUAUAUGCUGGAGGUGCUAGAUCAGUUCAAGAUCUAGAUAAAGUAAAGAAAUUGAGUAGUAAUAAAGUAGAUUUAACUUUUGGUAGUUCAUUAGAUAUAUUUGGAGGUGAAUUAGUCAAAUUUGAUGACUUAAUAGAGUGGAAUAAGACUAAUUAA